AUGCUGCGACUAGACCUGAUACUGCUAGAACCGGAGGUUGUGGUCUCAGAACGCGUAGAUAUCAUGGGUGCGGCCUGUCUGGUGGGUGCCACAGAUGCUGUCAGGCCGUGUUUCGCUCGUACGGGCAGUCUACUUCUACCCCGAGGUGGAUUGGUUGGUCCGUUUUGCGUGGAAGGGGGCAGCGGUCGAUGGCGUUUGUCGGAGAGAUCUAGGUGCGGAUUGGCUAAGGGCCGAAAUCUUUGCAAGCCCACGGCCACGUACUCCUCCGGUCCUUUGAAGAUGUCCUCCAUUGUAAAGACCUUUUCGAAACAAAGUACAAAAAUUCGUAAAAUAGACAUUCGCGCGCCCAGACACUCGGAAGCGCAGAAGAAAUUUGAUUAA